AUGGCUAGCGAUCCUGAGUUCACUGUCUUCCGCAACUUGCCUUCCGAAAUCCGAAUCAAGAUUUGGAAGGAUGCCCUUCCAGGCAGAGAUUGGGUGUUCGAGCCUCUAAUCUUCCCUUUUCAGCGGGGCUGCUGGAAGAUCGAGACGAAGGUGACCCCCAGCGAGCGAGAAGAUGUGCCUGAACCCUUCAUCGAAUCCUUCUGGAAGUUCGACGACUCGCUGCUGGACAAGCCCCAGUGCAAGGUCAACAUCGGCGCCGUCAAUCGCGAGGCUCGUGAUGUCGCGAUCGCCUGGGUCCGGACACUCGGCGGCAGCCCCAACAACACGCUGAACCCCGUCUUCAUCCGGCCAUUCGUCGGCAGCAGCGAUGGCCUGUAUGUGUCCGCGGAUCAGUGGGAGGGCUUCGCCAAUGAGCCUACCAUGAUUUCAAAGCACUACACUCAGCGUGUUGAGGACUGCGACCCCCAGAGAAGUGAGAAGGGCCUUCUUAUUCUUUCGGCAAAUAAGGGAGAUAUUCAUUAUCCCUGA